UAACCUCCACAGCAUGCUUCGCUUAGGCAAGAUGUGGAUCAGGGGCCUGAGCAAGUCAAAGCCCAGUAUGUUCUGGCUCAGCUGGGCUUAUAAUCACCUGGUGGACAACCCUUUGUUCCUCUUCAUCACGGCAGGCCUGUUCCUCACCAUUAUAUACAUUCACAUGCAAGUUUUGGAUGGCCAAAAGAUGAUCAUUGUAAGGUUACAAGAACAAAUAGACAAUGAGGGUGAAGAUAAGAAGUUCCUCAUAGCUAAACUACAGAGCCUCAAUGAGGCGAGUGCUCCGCAGUGAGCUUUCAG